GCGAGUGUAUUUAUAGCCCCAGAACACAAGCAAGCUGUCUUUCUUAAACACGAGUAAGGAGCUGGUGGUGUUCGGCGGAGUCGUGCUGAGCUGCGCUCUCGUGCUUCCUCGACUGCUACACGCUGGCGCUUCGGUCGUGAAAGCCUGGAGAGGUUCGUCAGAUGAAAACAGCGUUCUGAGCACCACCUCAGUGAACCAAGACACUCGGAGACAGGCGAGAUGGAAAAGCCGGUCUUGCAGACACAACCGUCCACCCUGCCGUUUUUCGACACGGCCCACGCCUUCAACCUGCUGCGGGGGAUCCACGAGCUCCGAGCCGAGCGCAAGUUCUUCGACGUGACCCUGUGCGCAGAGGGCCGCGAGUUCCACUGCCACCGCACGGUGCUGGCCGCCGCCAGCACCUACUUCCGGGCCAUGUUCGCGGGGACGCUGCGGGAGAGCGCGAUGGACCGGGUGGUUCUGCACGAGGUGUCGGCCGAGCUCCUGGGCCUGCUGGUGGACUUCUGCUACACGGGACGGGUCACCGUCACCCAGGACAACGUGGACCUGCUGCUGAAGACGGCCGACCUGUUUCAGUUCCCCUCCGUCAAGGAGGCCUGCUGCGCCUUCCUGGAGCAGCGGCUGGACGUCUCCAACUGCCUGGAGAUCCAGGACUUCGCCGAGGCCUACGCCUGCAGGGAGCUGGCGGCCAGCGCGCGCCGCUUCGUCCUCAAGAACAUCAUGGAGCUGGCCAAGGGGACGGACUUUGAGCGGCUGCCGUGGAAGCGCCUCCUUGAGUUUGUGUCGGACGACGAGCUUUGCGUGGAUAAAGAGGAGACGGUGUAUCAGAUCGCGGUGCGCUGGGUGAAGGCUGACCUCAAGCGGAGGCUGCACUACUGGCCGGAGCUCCUCCAGCAGGUCCGCCUGCCCUUCGUCAGGAGGUUCUUCCUGCUGGCGCACGUGGAGAGCGACCCCCUCGUCUACCUUUCGCCCACUUGCCUGCGCAUGGUGAACGAAGCCCGCAGCUUCCAGUCGUGCGAGUACGACCGCUACGACCGGCCCUGCCACCGCAUGCGGCCGCGGCCGUCCACGGGGCUGGCGGAGAUCCUGGUGGUGGUCGGAGGCUGCGACCAGGACUGCGACGAGCUGGUCACGGUGGACUGCUACAACCCUCAGACCGGGCAGUGGCGCUACCUGGCCGAAUUCCCCGACCACCUCGGGGGAGGUUACAGCAUCGCUGCCCUCGGGAACGACAUGUACGUCACAGGUGGCUCCGACGGCUCCCGCCUCUACGACGGCGUUUGGCGCUACAAGUCCAGCGUGAACGAGUGGACGGAGGCGGCGCCGAUGCUGAAGCCCCGAGAGUACCACAGCUCCUGCGUGCUGAAGGGCCAGCUGUACGUGGUGGCGUCGGACAGCACCGAGCGCUACGACCACGCCCUGGACUGCUGGGAGGCGCUGCCGGCCAUGCAGCACGCCAUGGACAACUGCUCCACCACCGCCUGCAGGGGCCGCCUGUACGCCAUCGGCUGCCUGACUGGCGAGGACACCAUGGCCAUCCAGAGCUACGACGCCGACGCCAACCGCUGGAGCAUGGUGAACUGUGGGCAGCUGCCCCCAUGGUCCUUCACUCCCAAAACCGUCACUCUCAACGGACUCAUCUACUUUGUCAGGGAUGACUCAGCUGAGGUUGAUGUCUAUAAUCCUCAGAAGAAUGAGUGGGAUAAAAUUAGUCCCAUGACCCAGGUCCAUGUUGGAGGCAGCGUUGCCGCCCUGGGGGGUAAACUCUACGUGUCGGGGGGCUACGACAACACGUUCGAGCUGUCCGACGUGGUGGAGGCGUUCGACCCGACCACUCGCUGCUGGACCCUGGCGGGCCGCCUGCCUCAGCCCACCUUCUGGCACGGCAGCGUCAGCAUCUUCCGCCAGUUCAUGCCGCUGGUGUCCAGCGCGUUUGAGCCCACCGACCUCCCCGACUCCAACGCCAUCCACCUGCACCGGCACCAGCGGCACCAGGCGCUCCACAACCUCAACAACAAUCUCAACCAGAACCAGGACGUGAACGCGGCGCACUGAGUGGCCCCGCCCCGCCCCGCCCCCCUGUCCAGUCUGCUCCUCCCUCGUCGUGCCGUCGUCUCUAGUUUACUGUGAAUUUACCUCACUGAGGACCGAACGUGUGCACGCCGCUCCUUGUCAUGGUGUUGGCAGGAAGCAGAAAGGCCAGAUGGACAAAACUGACCCACACACACUUACACACACACACACACACACUAUUGCUGUGAAUUAAGUGUGUGUAUUCUGCAGUGCAGGCUUUCAGAUUGUAGGAGGAUGAGUUAUCGCCCCGCACAGACUUACUCAUGUGUUUCGCAUUACGAGGUGUUAUUGUUAACUCGGGCAACGCAGUACAUCGUAAAUUUAUCGCCAUGGCAACAGCCACAGGUGCAAUAUACACACCGUAAAGGACAAACCUUGCAUUUCUGAGCAACGAGGAACUUGUAGCUCAGUGAAACAGCCGGUCUGCUGUUCGCAGUUAUGAACCCAAUGAGCAUCAAAUACUGAAGUAUUUGUUCAGGCAUCAUAUCGCCACUGUUUCCUCAAUACUCUGCAGGAUUUAUUCUUUGAAUUCAUAGGCAAUAACUCUUCUCAUGCCAGUUAGAUGCUUUUUAUUUAAAGUAGUCUGUUAUAACUGUUUUAUUUAGGAUUUUACGCUGACUUUUUUCAGUUUUUUUUUUUUUUUUUUGCGUCUUUCUUUUUCAACACUUGAAGUCUGAAAAUGUAUUUUAACUUUUGAGGUUCAUUGAAAAACCACGCUGGGAAAAGGUUUAUCCCAUGAACCUCUGAUUUAUUUUUUUUUCACCCCGCUGCUGCUGCUUCUUCCCCCAAGAAAUGUUAUUCUGAACAUGAGGCUGCUCAUCAAACAACAAAACAAAAACAGCUUGGUGGAAGUGCGGAUUUGCCGCCUCGCCUGCCAACGUGGACGCUCAUCACUCACAGAUGUGAAUAUUUAUGACUCUCCUUAUGGCUGAUUUAUGUCCCCACGAAAGCGCCGCCGCAGCAGCGGGACAUCAGUCAUACUCGCUGACGAUUUAUGAGGUUCCAGUGCUGCCGAUGGCCAAAACACAAGACAAAGGUCAAACUCCACAAACUCGACUGCAUCCUCGUGCCGUUUAUACAUCCGGUCGAUCCUGCUUCCUGAUCCUCUUGUGGAGAUGAGUAGAUGGGAGUCGAUCCCGGACGGAAGCUCCACACAGUCACUAAACAAACCAGUUGUUACUGAAGUGACGUUUUUUUUUCUCCUGUUACACUAAAACAAGCUGCAUUGAAGCAAAAUCUUUUUUUUUUUUCCACUAAAAAUAAGAUAAAGCAAGUGUUGAUGGUGCUUGGAUUGAAUGUGAGGAACCCAGGUUAGAAUUCCUGUUACAGAAGGGAGGGUGUAAAAUGAAAAUGGCCAAAUAUUAGGUGUAAGUUACAAUAAUGUGAAAAACGAGCAUUCAGAUACUCUAUUUGACGUGUGUGGCGAGUGUCUUCACCUUAUGGCCACAAGGUGGAGCACCAGCCCCUUAAACGUUAAAAGACACCUGGACUCAGUUUUUAAGCAGCUUGUCUUGGUGCUGAAGAGUUCUGGAGAUAUCACACACUUCCUGGACGAGACGGUUUCCAGUGGUGAGCGGCGUCUCUCUGUGUGAACAUAUCGGAGAACUUUUCUUCUUCUUCAUUUCAAAUUUCAAUGCAGCGAGCAGAUGUGGGCACAGAUGUGUCGCAGCUUUACAGGACUCUGUCCCGCCUCUGACCUGGAGGGGAACUUGCACCACGUCCAGGUUUUGUUUACAAGCUUUGAGAACUAUUAUAACCCGUGUGAAAGGAGUCAGAUUGUAGCUCUGAGCAGCUCCCCGUCGACAAUCACAGAAAAAAUAUCAGCUUUCGACGCAAACGCAAUCAAAAAGAUUACUCUAUCAGCAGUUCGCAGCCCUCAGGCGUUCAAUCAGAAAGCACAGCAAUCUGUUUACAUUCCAAAAACAGCAGCGAUCGCAACUGACAUCAAACAGACACACCUGAGUGGCUUCAUACGGAAGUUUGAGGUUGAAUGGGAGGAGUGAUGGCUGCGUGUGCCUCGUGUUGACCUUUAUAUUGAGCUGCAUCAGUCGAGUGUGCAUGAAGAUUCAGCUUUAAAAAAAUAAUCUAUUUAUGGACAUUCAAGUGGUUUUGUAUGUUUAUUUAUGGUUAUAUCUCUGCUGUGGUGGCUCAUGAAUCAACCUUUCUGCUGCAGUGCUUAAAUGCUGGCGAUGAGGCAGCGAUCUCAACUGGAAGUGCACAACAAUCUCAACGAUUCUCUACGUUUCGGGUGUUUUUACACUAUUGUCGGCGCAGCAGUCAUCUUAGUUUUUCAUACGUUUGUUGAAUGGAUGUUUUGUAAAUACAGUAUAUUCUUAAGUCCACGUGCUGUGCUGAUAUGAUGUUACCUUUGUGAAUAAAACUGCAGGCAGGUCUGAGAGUU